AUGAAAACAGUGUUUAUACUUGUUUUAUGUCUUACAUUGACAUAUUGUGCUGUAAUAAAACGAGAAGCCCCUGAAAAUGAAGAGGAAGGAAGAGUCUACCGUAUUGAAAACUUUUGUAUUUCCACGAAAUCUAGACCAGAACGCGAAGAAGGAGGUGAAAGUAAAACAGGGGAAGAAAAAGAGAAUAAAGAGGACGAGGCUGGAGAAAAUGAACAGGAAGAAAAAGGUGAGGAAGGAGGUGAUAAAAAGACUGAAGAGGAUGGAGAAGGUGAGGAAAAAGAAAUGAAAGAAUCUGCUAAAGGAGAAGAUUCUGAAGUUGGUAAAGAUAAAGAGCAUGAAAGAGAGGGUGAAGAGAAACACGAACAAGGUGAAGAUUGCAAAAAAGAAAAAAAAGAUACCGAUGGUGAAGGCGUUGUAUACUUCGUGCCUAUUCCGAUUGAGAUUGUGGAUACCGUUUACGACGUAUACGCAGUUUGA